GCUCAACCAAUGGCGCAUGCGCCAGAGCGGAUCGUGCACUCUGAGCAUGCGUCGCAGCGGGCGCCGCCUGCUCUGCGCCUGCGCGUAGAGCUGCGGCCGCCAUUUUGUGCGUAGCGAGAGGAGGCGCGCGCCGCGCAAACUGCCACUUUAAUUUUUAUUUUUAUUUUAUUGCUGUAUUUUAAAUAUUUCUUUCUAAAGAAAAGCAGUUUUUGUUUGGUUUUUUUUUUUAAAAAAAAGAGCCGAGGAGGCAAGUUCCUUCCGAUGGCGGCGGAGAACCUGGCCGGCGAAGCGGCGGUUCCCCUCAGCGGCGGCAGCGAGUCGGAUGUUUCCUUCGGGGCGACGCGUCGCCUGAGCGACCUGCGGGUGAUCGACCUGCGGGCCGAGCUGAAGCGGCGCAGCUUGGACAGCAGCGGCAUCAAGAGCGUCCUCCUCGAGCGGCUCAGAAAGGUGAACAAGCGUCGGGGGGGGGGGAGAUUAAAAACGCGCCGGCGUGCAAGAGGUUAAAUGCAUACUGCGCGUGCGCCUCCGGUGGCCUUAGCCCUCCCCUCCCCCUCCCUCCUGUGGAUCUGUAGACUCCGAGCAGGUAGACGCCCUUUGGGAGCGCGGUAUUCCGAGUCCGCUUAGGUAUCGAUCUCUGGUUGCCUGUAAAAAGUCAUAGAAUCAUAGAAUCCUAGAGUUGGAAGAGACCACAAGGGCCAUCGAGUCCAACCCCCUGCCAAGCAGGAAACACCAUCAGAGCACUCCUGACAUAUGGUUGUCAAGCCUCUGCUUAAAGACCUCCAAAGAAGGAGACUCCACCACACUCCUUGGCAGCAAAUUCCACUGUCGAACAGCUCUUACUGUCAGGAAGUUCUUCCUAAUGUUUAGGUGGAAUCUUCUUUCUUGUAGUUUGGAUCCAUUGCUCCGUGUCUGCUUCUCUGGAGCAGCAGAAAACAACCUUUCUCCCUCCUCUAUGUGACAUCCUUUUAUAUAUUUGAACAUGGCUAUCAUAUCACCCCUUAACCUCCUCUUCUCCAGGCUAAACAUGCCCAGCUCUCUUAGCCGUUCCUCAUAAGGCAUCGUUUCCAGGCCUUUGACCAAGUCGAGUGUUGGCACCUCUGCCCCGAAGAGGCUACAGUCUACUGGUAUCCGAAGCGCUGUCACGUGGAAGAUGACGACGACAACAACAUAUAAUAAUUAUAGUAAUUUUAUUGUUUAUACCCGGGCCAUCUGGCUGGGUUUCCCCAGCCACUCUGGGUGGCUUACAGCACAUAAAAAGUUGUGAAACAUUAGCAAGCUUUAUAAUUGUUAUGAUUACUAUCCUGCUGCUGCUGCUGCUGCUGCUACUACUGCUGUUGUUCCUCCUCCAAAAUGGAAGGAGCUGGACCGGAUGGGUUCAAACGAAAAGAAAGGAGGUUCUCUAUUGAUUUAAUAAAAUCUCAAACACCGCCUGGUCUCAAACAAACAAAACGGCGACUUCAAAGCUGCUUGCAAAGAGAUAGAAGCAUAAAAAAACCCGGAAUUUUUUUCACAGCCAUGCUUACACAAGCGUACAAAAAGUGAAAAUUCUGAAUCGGAUCAAAAUUACCUUAACUAAACUAAAUGUUUAGAAGGAACAUUUUGGCAAUAAGAGCAGUUUGACAGUGGGACAAGGGGACCUUGGAAGAUGGUGGGCUCCCCCUCCUUGGAGGUUUUUGUCAGGGGUUCUUGAGCUAUGUUUCCUGCCUUCCAAAGGUGUUGCACAGGGGUGUUGCCUUUGGGGCCCUUUCCAACUCUUCAGUCUACGAAUCUAAAGCUAGAAUCUAAAGGAGAGUGCGUUGGGGAGGGGCACAUGAUUCUAGUUACAUGCACUUUGGUCUAGUUAAAACAGAGACCAGAAAAGAAGUUCACAAAUUCACAAUUGAGGCCCAGAAAAAUCCUAUGUGGUGGCAACAUAAAAGCAGGGCCUUUUUCCCCAUUUUGGCUUAUCAUUGUAAGAACUGUGGGCUGUGCUCUCACAAUAUCACUGAUUGCACCUGCCAGCUCUGCCCAUCGUCCCAAACCCAUGAUGUGGAAAUGUUUCAAGCUUUAUUUCUACAGCUUUUGUGGUCUGUGUUGGUUUUGAAACAGGACAUAGUUACGGGCCGCAGUUUGAGCUUAAGAUGGCUCAUAAUGGCAGCAGUAUUGUGAUGCGAACAUAUCGUAAAAAAAGACAAAGCCCUCCCUGCAUGGUUUCACUGAAGCUCAUGAAAUGUUAUAUUUAAUAGUGUGUGUUGUAGCAAUGUAUAUAUAUGUACAUAUUUGUGUAUAAUUAUACAUACGCAUACAUAGAAGGGAAAGUGAUAAAAACAGGAGUCAACAGGCAAUGAAAUGCAGAAAGUAUAGUAUGCAGAGCUUAGUGCAUUUUUUCUGUACAUUUGUGUGUGUGUAUAAUGCAAAAGUACAUUCUGAUAAGUGACAGUUAACAGAACAGCAGUAAUUUGUGACAGCUAAUAAUAAUAAUGAUAAUAACAAUAGUAAUUUUAUUAUUUAUACCCCACCUACCUUGCUCAGUUUUCCCAGCCACUCUGGGUGGCUCCUGACAGAGGACUAAAAACAGAAUAAAACUUCAAAUAUUAAAUACUUCCCUAAACAGGGCUGCCAUCAGAUGUCUUCUAAAAGUUGGAUAGUUGUUUAUUUUCUUGACAUCUGACAGGAGGGCGUUCCACAGGGCGGGCGCCACUACUGAAAAGGCCCUCUGCUGGUUUCCUGUAACCUCACUUUUCUCAGGGAGGGAACCGCCAGAAGGCCUUUGGAGCUGGACCUCAGCUGGACCGGGCUGAACGAUGGGGGUGGAGACUCUCCUUUGGGUAUACUGGGCCGAGGCCAUUUAGGGCUUUAAAGGUCAGCACUUUGAAUUGUGCUUGGAAACGUACUGGGAGCCAAUGUAGUCUUUUGGGACCGGUGUUAUAUGGACUCAAUGGCCACUCCCAGUCAUCAGUCUUGCUGCUGCAUUCUGGAUUAGUUGCAGUUUUUUGGGUCACCUUCAAAGGUAGCCCCAUGCAGAGCGCAUUGCAGUAAUCCAAGCAGGAGAUAACUAGAGCAUGCACCACUCUGGCGAGAAAGUCUGCAGGCAGGUAGGGUCUCAGCCAGCGUACCAGAUGGAGCUGGUAGACAGCUGCCCUGGACACAGAACUUACCUGCACCUCCAUGGACAGCAGUGAGUCCAAAAUGACUCCCAGGCUGCGCACCUGGUCUUUCAGGGGCACAGUUACCCCAUUCAGAACCAGAGAGUCUCCCACACUUGUCCCCCCUGUCCCCCCAAAACAGUACUUCUGGCUUGUCAGGAUUUAGCCUCAAUCUGUUAGCCACCAUUCAUCCUCCAACCGCCUCCAGGCACUCACACAGGACCUUCACUGGCCCUGAUUUGAAAAAGAGGUAGAGCUGGGUAUCAUCCGCAUACUGAUGAAUGGACAGCCUGAACCCCCUGAUGAUCUCUCCCACCGGCUUCAUAUAGAUGUUGAAAAGCAUGGGGGAGAGGACAGGACCCUCAUCCCCCAACACUACUUUCUGAACAUGGCCCAGGAGGAAGGAGUGGAACCACUGUAUAACAGUGUCCCCAACUCCUUCCUUUAGACGGUCCAGAAGAAUGUCAUGGUCGAUGGUAUCAAAGGCCGCUGAGAGAUCCCGCAGAACUAGAAAACAGCUUCCACCUUUGUCCCUAGCCCGCCAGAGAUCUGAUCAUUCCUGCUUCAAAAUCUUGCAGUGCAGUUAUUUUGUCCUCAGAAGGGCCAUGGGCUUGUCCUGAAGAGUGAGUUGUAAAGUAAAUGCUUAACCCUAUGUUCUUUUAACAGGCUGUUGAGGAGGAGGGGGGAGACCCUGAAGAGAUUCCAGUAGUGACAGAAAUAACCACAAAGAAGACGCCCAAGAGGAACAGCAAAGGUAUGCCGGGGAAUAGGGGAGGAGUUCUGCUUGCAUGUGUAGGGUUAACUUGCCUGUAGCUGUGACUCCCCCAAAAUGCUGAGAAAGAGCAUUUGCUUAAGACAGAGUGUCUGGACAAAUCACAGAGUUGUGCUCAAGAAUUCCUAUAUCAAGCACUCAGUUACGCUCCCCUUCGCCUUUAGUCUGAAGCAGCAUUGAAAUAUGUUUACUGCUUCAUUUGCUGUAUGUAUUCAGUUUAUGACCUGCCUAAUCUUCUAGGCAACUUACACCAAAACAAAUAAAAAUGCCAAACGGCAUAUUUAACAAAGCGGAAACUAAAAACAAAACAAAACCCCCCCCCCCCCCGAUUUUUGCAGAUACAUUGAUUUUUCUGGUGGGUUUUUCCUUUUCCUAUUGGUGCAAUGCAUUUAUUUAAUUAUUACUCAUUUAUGCCAUUUAGAUAUCGCCCUUUAGCCUAAAAGGCUGCUGAUUUGGAGCAGACUGUUCAUCACCAACUAGUGAGUCAGGACCCGCUGCUGUGUUGCGGCCUGAUCUAGGUUGGGUGGCAGCAGUAGCACACUUUCCCGUACAUACGGCAAAGCAUUUAGCAACGGAUCUCCAAAUGGAUGUUAGGGUUGUAGUGAAAAAUGGCAAAGGGUAUUGGGGUAGAUAUUGCAUUGACCCAUCUUGACAACAUUGUGGGCCUUAUUUAUUUGUGAAAUUUAUACUCCACUUUUCCUCCAAGGAGCUUGAGGUGGCAUACAUAAAGGUAAAGGUAAAGGGACCCCUGACCGUUAGGUCCAAUUGUGACCGACUCUGGGGUUGCGGCGCUCAUCUCACUUUAUUGGCUGAGGGAGCCGGUGUUUGUCCGCAGACAGCUUCCGGGUCAUGUGGCCAGCAUGAUUAAGCCGCUUCUGGCGAACCAGAGCAGUGCAUGGAAACACCGUUUACCUUCCCGCCAGAGCGGUACCUAUUUAUCUACUUGCACUUUGAUGUGCUUUCGAACUGCUAGGUUGGCAGGAGCAGGGACCGAGCAACAGGAGCUCACCUGUCACAGGGAUUCGAACCGCCGACCUUCUGAUCGGCAAGUCCUAGGCUCUGUGGUUUAACCCACAGCGCCACCCGCGUCCCUUGGUGGCAUACAUACUUUACUCCAUUUUUAUCAUCAAAACAAACCUGGCUGAGAGUGAGUGAUUGGCUGAAGGCCAACCUGUUUGCUUCGUUGCUGAUCGGGAAUUUGACCCCUGGUCUCCAAGGUCCCAAGUCCAGCAUUUACCUUUACCUUUAACCUAGUCCAGCAUUCUUUAAUCAUUACUUCCCUGGCUUUCUGGUUAGAUCCAGAGUUGUUAGUGAGCACUAGGCCUUAGUUUAACCUGGUUCUAUUUACAUUUUUCAUUUGCAUCGCAGAAUGGGCCCUGAAUAAAGAUUAUUCUGUCUGUCUGUCUGUAUGUAUGCAUGCAUGCGUUUUAAUAACCCUUAUCUUACUAGGGCGUAGACCAGAGGAAGAGGGAGUUGAAGACAACGGGCUUGAGGAUGACUCUGGAGAUGGGCAGGUACAACUAGCUUUGCAGCUGCACAGUAACAGUUCUGCCUUGGAGUCCUGACGGCAAUUAUAUAUACGGCCUUUUUCUCUUUUCACAGGAGGAUAUUGAAGCAAGUUUGGAUAACUUGCAGGAUAUUGACAUGAUGGAUAUAAAUUUGUUAGAUGAAGCUGAAAUAGAUAACGGCAGUGGUGUAGAUGACUGUGCUGAUAGUAGACUUGGCUCCUCCUCUGAGUCUGAUAGUAAAGAAAAUGCUGGUGCAGAAAGGAGAGAACUUCCAGAGCAGCUUUCAGGAUGUCCUGUAGGUAACAUGGAGGCACUUCCACAUAUGUCAGACAUUAAAGAAGAAUCAAGAGAAAUACCAGUAGCCAUGGUAUGCAUCUCUUUUAAAAAAUACAUGCCGUCUGAAUAACCGCCACAACUUCCAUUAAUUUUCUUAAAGUGGAAAUAAUUUGGGGUUUUUUUAAAAAAAAUAUCCCAUUUGAUUCUUGCCCCCCUUGUGUUUGUCCAAAGCCGUUGCAUUUUUUUUUACUAAAACCUAUAAGCUUUAAAUGCAUGCAUCAUAAACGUUGCAGUAGAAAGAUUCCAGAAAUAGUUUUUAUUUUUUUUAAAAAAAAUGGUUAAAUUUUUUUCUUUCUUUUUCUUUUCACAUGCAUUUCCAUUUGCUCAUCUUCCUGUGUGUCUGGAGGCCUUUGCCGAAUGCAGCCCAGCUCAAGUUUUGCUUGAAGCAGAACGGUUCUGAGCAAGCCGUUUGUUGUCCUUAGAAUCAGGACACUUGAAUCUAUCGAGAAUUGAUAGCCAGCUUAGCUCCUCUAUACUUGUAGUUAACAAAAGUAAUCAGGGGUUGUAUCCUAUGUUUGUUCUACUCCAGAGUAGAUCUGGUGAAAUGAACGCACAUGGCCAGCUUAAAUCUUGUUCGUUUAAGUGGGUCUCCUCUUUCCUGGACUUAAUUGGAUGCAACCCCAGAAGCUCAACGUGUCAUUUUGUGCAGAUUCAAGCUAGCUUGGGAUUUAACCAUUGUUAGAAACUGAGAUAUGGAAGCUAGGAGCUAAAUGGCACAUGGGCGCAACAACGGAAUGUCUAGGCACACUUUUUAAUAACAAGAAUACAAAGCUGAAAAUGAAUGAACUGCAGCUAAAAUAUUCCAUUCAUUUUUCACAUGGUCUAGUCCUUCCCCUGCCCACCCCCCAUGAUAUUCUUAAGAGGAUCUCUUCUCCAGUCUUCAGAGAGUAGCUGGAAGUGGGGAGGCAGAAAAAGGUCCUCCUAUCCUUCUACUCUGCAGUUUUAAUCUGAAAUCUUAUGCACAGUACUGCACCCAGAGCUCAGAAACUGCUCAUGCUAAUGAAAUUCCCUAUCGCAAAAUGCGCCUAGAACAAUGAGAGUUUCGAACACUGGAUCUAACGCUAGGCCCGCCAACUUCAAAAGGAAUUUGUGAGCGGAUUCCAAAGCCAGGUGUUUAGAAUUGGGGUGCCAGGGAUGAUUUCAUUUGUGAAGCAUCUUAACUUCCCUGAGGUCUUGGGGAAGGGCAAGAGCUAGCUUAGUUCACGGAGUGCUUGGAUUUGGGAGACGCGGGCUUGAAUGUUACCUCUGCAAGUGCUUACCUGUGCAAAGUAAACGUGCUGGGGAAUCGUUACUUUAGGGUGUAUGUGUGUGCAUGAAAUGCUGAGGCCAGGCCUUAGUAUAUGUGAUCCACAGUUCAGUUGUGGCAAAACGUGUGCACCUGCCCACACUCUGGAGCACUGGUUUUAAAACUUAAAGGCUUAUUAGGGCUUAUUCUUGUACUUCAGAGUCCAGCAUGACCACCUGGAGGCCAAGCUGAGUUUCUCUUCCCUCACCAGCCUUACCCUGGGUAGAAUAGCAUUGUCUCAUGUCCCUUGCAGUUUGGGGUAGCACUGCUAGUGGUUUAGACAAAACCUACUGGGGGUACAUUUAGGUCCUGUUUCUUUAAUGCAGCACCGUUUAGUUUAGUUUUUUUUUGUGGGUGGAGAGACCAGUGGUUUGCUUCCGUGCUAAGCAACAUCCUCUUACUGUGUAUAUAACAGGUGACUUAGAGAGGAGGUCAGAGGGAGGAAUCUGAAGGCAUGAUGUGCCCUGGAAUAUGGGAACUGAGGAAGCUGCCUCAUAUUGAGUCAGUCCUUUGACCCAUCUAGCUCAGAAUUGCCUGCACUGACUGGCAGCUGCUCCCUAGAGUUUCCUUGCUCGACUUGGAGUUGCCUGGGAUUGAACCUGGAACGCUCUACUGCUCAGCUGUGGCCCUUCCCCAUUAACCCCAUUAAAACCAUUAACCAUUGCAGCAACAUCACUCUCAAAGAAUUUGCUGUCAUUUUUCAUCGUUGUCGUUUUUUUAAAUUCCCCCAGUUUCGUUUACCAUUGUUCUUAAAGAGGUAGAAAAUAUUAUUUAACUACCAGCUGGUUAGGGGGGAUGAGGUGGCAACUAAAGGGCAGUUGGAGGGGGUCUCCCUGUUUCCGAUUCAUUCUUGGUUUUCAGUGAAGAAACUGUGGUGUUUCAGGAAGUUUGACGCUGUUCUUCACUGCUUAUAGGUGGAAGGCGAAGAGGCCAGAAACACCCUCGAUCUGGUGCCCUCUGAUUUUACAGAUGUGAAGGUAACUUUUUUCUUUCCUCUCUCUGUGUGUCUAGAUAGAUAGAUGUAGAAUAGACAGAGAAUAGAUAUGUAGAAAGAAAGAGCCAUAUAUUCUGGUGGCAGCAAAUAGGUAGGGUGGGAUUCAUUCAGCUAAAGAACCGUGGUUCAUUGGGUUAAAAACAAUUGCGGUAGCUCUUUCGCCUUUGCUGCUCAGCCAUCAUUGUGGCGUUGAGAUUGUGGGCUGUACCCGAAGCUUGCCUGACUCAGAGUAGGCUCCUUGAAGCUGAUGGGCAGGACUAACUUGGGUUACAUUAAUUUAAAUGACUCUACAUAGUUUCAGACAACCCAGAGAUGGGACAAAGCAUACAAAUGGUUCAUGCUAGCCACCGAGUCAUCGCUGGGGAAGGUGUUACGCUGUUGCGGCAGAUUUUGCGUCGCGUUGACUUUUCAUCUUGCCGUACGAUGGAGUAUUGUAACUUUUGCUUGUUUCCACCCUUCCCCUGUUUAUUAUUUUAAUAGGAGCUCGAAGAAUUUCCCUUGGAAUCAGGUACUGAUACUUAAAAACAAAACAAAACACCUUGCUCUCCCUGGCCCUUAACCUUCCACAUAGAUUUUGCACACAAAUCCCUUUAGUUACUCUUUUUAGGUUUUAUUCCACUAGUAUCUGUGGUUCACUUAUUCGUAACUGGCGCAAAGUCCAGAUCACACACACACACACCAAAAAAAAGGGAGAAAAAGCCACAGAGAUUGGAAAUCUGGUCAUAUCACCAGAUCUGCAACAGCAUCCUAUUAUUAAUAUGGCCCAAGACCAGUCUUUCAAGACAGCGGUUUGCUUUUAAAUCCCUUAAUUGGGGAGUACACUGAGCUUAAUGAGCAAUUACUGUGUACAGAGCAGAUCUUGUGAUAUUACCCAGUGCCUUGGUUCUGUAACUUUGACUAGAGUCAGCAAAGGCAGGGACCCAAAUUGCAAAGUGGAUUCUUGGAAAGACGGAAGAUGGGUCGGUCAUGGAAAUUCCCAUCACUUGCUUUUCUGGACUAUGAAUGUCUUCUCAUUCCCACCCGAAGCUGUUCUUGGUGUUCACGUACGGACUGGUCUCCUUGAAAGAAUUUCAGUAGAAUAAAUAAAUAAAAUCCGGGAGUUGAACUGUCUGAAAGAGAAUCCGUGCAGUCUGUAUAAGCAUCAUGGACUUUCAAAGCUCAUUUCUGGGGAGAAAAAAAAAUGUGGAAAAACGGAAAGCAGCACAACCGCGUGAAGACAAAUGAGGAGCAAGCUGGGAACGCCGCACAUAAAGGUUUUUCUUCCUUCUCUCUUUUCAGGCUUUGCCUUGAUAGCCAUGUAAGACUGAAGUUAGUGUUAGGCAUUUGAAUGUGGUAUACCCAAGGGGUUUUCCAAUCUCUGUGUAGCCUUAGCCGUUCUCUCAGUGUUAAGUCUGGCAGCCAUGCCCAUUCCGCAUUUGUCUUUGCUGUGUUUCCCUGGUGAUUAAACCUUGUGCCAUUCUAUUCCUGUUAAAUCCAUAGAAAAUGAGAAAAUGCUCGACAUUUUGGGUGACACUUGUAAAUCUGAGCCCCUUAAAGAAGAAGCUCCUGAAGCAGAGCAGGCACAGGAAGAGAAUAUCUCGUUGCCGGUCAAACAGGAAGCCCAGGAAGAGGAAGACGCACUUGCCACUGCCGUCGCUCAGUCGGACGAAGAGCUUUUAGAUACGGACAGCCAGUCAGGCCAGGCUGCGGCCAAGAGCGAGGAGGAUGAAGCGAAGCACUUAGUGGUAGCGAAAGGGGAGCCGAGCGAAGAGACAGUAGAGGAAGCUAACCUGGACUCUGACUCUUUAGCGGUAGAGAGCAGGUGUGGUGGAGGAGGAGGAGGAGGAGGAGAAGGAAGUGGUGAGAGUAGCAAAGCAGCCCAAACUCUGGAAGCCAGUAGUGAGGAAACUGCGGAGAAGGACGCAGGUUUCCAGGUGGUUAGCCAAGAUGCCGAGAAGAUGGAAGCCAAGGCUAAUUGUGAGGAAGAGUCCUCUGCCCAAGAGGGUGGUGAUCAGAACACGAGGUUUGUUUUUUCUCCGUUUUAGACCAGAUGCUCUCUUUUUUUCUUCCCCGUUGGUCGUUUAUGAAUGCAAAUGCGCUGUGAAUUCCUCCAAAGGGGCCCUGUUGCAAGGGCCUUAACCUGAUGAUAGCUUGUUCCAAAUAAAAAUCUUUUCCUUUUUUUUUUUUUUAGUUGUCCUUGCGCACCUUUUUUGUAGAACGUGGUUCGCUAUGUUCUCCCCCUCCCCAGCCCAUUUCUCAUUAAGCAUUUAUUUUAUUUCUCAGUUUUGCAAGUUGACCUUUGUCCACUCUAAGUGGUAGCGCUGUUUCAUCACCUCUGACCCUCCUUGUUGAGUUCUUAAAGAUACCCCUUAAAAAGGCUUAAUUCCUUUCACAUUAUUUUUCUGGUAGGUAUCUGAUCAUAGCAGACACAGCCUUGUGUGCUCUUUUUCUCAUGGCCUCAUUCUUGUUGAGUAAAGUUCUUUGUUUCCCCCCCUGUCUUUAGCUCUAAUAAGGAUGCAGAGGCUAAAAGUGUUUCAAAGGAUGAGAAAGGUAAGCUGUAACAACGAUUCUUUGCUGUCGUCCUUCAUAGUUAUCCUCAAAUCCUACUUGUAGGUAGCGACCAGAAUCCAACUAAGCUCUGAAUCGACCCGUUGACAUUAACGGAUCUAAAUGAAUUUCCAUUAAUUUCAGCAGGUCUACUUCCAGGUGUGACCAAGUGGGACACUAAGUUUCUCUGAAAGAGUAAUUUGGUUAAUAUUAAAUGGUCUUGAAUGUAAUUUCUAACUUGAAUCGGCGCUUCUACCAAAUGGGUGGAAGAUAAUGGGACAUUCCCCUGCUAUAUAAAGCUCACUUCCGUAUAAAGCUCACACAUAGACAGUAAAAAAGGAGAAGAUUGUUUCUAAAAUAUAAAUGCCUACAAAGUUCUCCAAUCCUCUUUGCACGUAGUGGGUAGUAUCACUAAGCUAUACAUGGAAUAGACACACUGAAAGCUAGCCAUUUCCGUGGGUCUUCUGCGAGUAUGACAUGAUACGCUGAAAUUAAGGGGGGGGGUGUAUGUCAAAUGUGCCUAAACCAGCAGUGUGAUUUAAGGCCCUGCUGUGAGCUUGAUUUGGGCCCCCAAGGGAAAAAAAAAGAUUUUGAGAAAAGUGACCUCAAAAAGUGAACUUGACGAAAAACAAUGGCAUUCUUCCCCCCCCCAACCAAACGAAAUAAGGUACAGUGGUGCCUCGCAAGACGAAAUUAAUUCGUUCCGCGAGUUUUGUUGUCUUGCGAUUUUUUUCGUCUUGCGAAGCACAGUGUCGGGAAAGUUUUGGAAAAGCUUCAAAAAUCACCAAAGUCUUCAAAAACCUCGAAAAAGGCUACCACACCGCGUGCUAUGAGUUGCUCCUCGAAGUCAAGUCACAGCUGUAUUAACGGUGUUAAGAAAAAGGAAACAAACUUGCAAGACGUUUUCGUCUUGCGAAGCAAGCCCAUAGGGAAAAUCGUCUUGCGAAGCAGCUCAAAAAACAAAAAACCCUUUCGUCUAGCGAGUUUUUUGUCUUGCGAGGCAUUCAUCUUGUGAGGUACCACUGUAUCUUUGGCAUUGUCCUUAGUCAUUCCUGUGAUGCUUCAUUAUGCUCUUCGUCUUUCUAGCCCUUCUUGUCUACUCCAUAAGUCUUCAGGUGAUGCUCGUCCAACAUUCUUAGCUAUAGUUGCUUCUGCCCAAACAAGCACUUUUUAACAUUUUCAGCCCCUGUGGAGAGAAACGCAUUAAAACACCACAUAGGUUUGAAAAAUUUGGUUUUGGACUACAACUCCCAUCGGCUGCAUGGCCAUAUAUUGGCGCCGAUGGAAGUCAUAGUUCAAGCACAUCUUGAUAUAGUAUUGUUGAAGUUAGAUCAGAAUCCCUCAUGAGCUCUCAGGUGGGCCAGAACCAAAGAAAACUUCCAAGUCUGUCUGCUUCUGCGAUGCUGUCUUCCUUUCUUUUUGGAUGUAGAUAUUUACCAUUUCUCUCCUCUCCCCCCUUCCAACUUAGGUCGGGCUGGUGGUAGUUCUGGCAGAAAUCUGUGGGUUAGUGGUCUUUCCUCUUCCACCAGAGCUACAGAUCUGAAGAACCUAUUUAGCAAAUAUGGAAAGGUAAGCAUUUUCCAGAAACAAACAAGGCUGAAACUAUUGAGCUUGUCAGUCUUUUAUUCAAGUUGUCCUUUUAUACAUGCCAGGGUGAGCGUCUUUCGUCUUCCCUCCCUUCCACUGCCCCUACCCUUCUUGGAUUUAACCCAUAUCACUAAAAACCAACCCAAAUAAAUAGCUCUGGAACAUAAACAGGCUGGGCUUCCUUCAGGCUGGAAGCUGCAACUGGUUUUGAAGAAACCAUUCUAAGCUGAAAACACCUAUUCACUUUGUAACGGGUUUUCAUUCACCUUGCAUCUGCAAAUGAUCAAUCUGUCAAGUGUAUGUCAGCGGUAAACAAACACUGGCGUCAGUGAAGUUAGCUCCUUCUUCCAAGAAACCAAAACAGCACAUGUCUAUCAGUGUAUUAUUCAUGCAUCAAUUAUAUUGAUGAUCACAUUGGCUACAUUACAUUGAUUUCCUGCAAAGGGGUGGGGCGAGACUUGCAUUACCCCCCUCCAGCACACCUGCACUCUUCCAUUCAAAUGUAAAUGUGAAGAAAAUUGUAAUUUGUCUCAUAAUGAUGUCUGACUUAAUCAUGAAACAUUUUGCCAGAAAUAUUUGGUGCUGAAAUAUUUUAUCAAUACAGAAAUAUUUUAUCAAUGGAUUUUGCUGGCCGCCCUUUGAUCUUCGGUUUUUGAAGGUUUCGGAAGUCGAAUGGUCUUCUGGAAUGGAUUACGUUUGAAAACUGAGGUUCCACUGUAUGAGACAUUUAGGAACUAACCCCCUAAACAGGGAGCACUGUUGACAGGCAAAAAAGGAGGGGGGAAGAUUGGGAAACUCCAGGUGCUUGAAAUUAUGGUUUAUUCGAGGCCCCAGCCUUAUGGUACGUUUAGGAGGCAUUAAUCCAGUUGCUGGCAGCUGGCAGAAACUUGCUUCUACUAUUGCAGUGCAGUGGUAACUUGAGUUACAAACACCUUGGGUUACAAACACUUUGGGUUUCAAACUCCACUAACCAGAAGUAGUACCUCGGGUUAAGAACUUUACCUCAGGAUGAGAACAGAAAUCGUGCGCUGGCAGCAGCGGGAGGCCCCAUUAGCUAAAGAUUAAGAACAAUUUUAGGUUAGGAGCGGACCUCCUGAACGAAUUAAGUUCGUAACUGUACAGUGGUACCUCGGGUUAAGUACUUAAUUCGUUCCAGAGGUCCGUACUUAACCUGAAACUGUUCUUAACCUGAAGACCACUUUAGCUAAUGGGGCCUCCUGCUGCUGCUGCGCCCCCGCUGCACGAUUUCUAUUCUCAACCUGAAGCAAAGUUCUUAACCUGAAGCACUAUUUCUGGGUUAGCGGAGUCUGUAACCUGAAGCAUAUGUAACCUGAAGCGUAUGUAACCUGAGGUACCACUGUACCUUGGUACUCAAACGGCUUAGCUCCCGAAUAAGUCAGCUCCCGAACACUGCAAACCUGAAAGUGAGUGUUCCGGGUUUGUGAACGUUUUUCGGAAGCCGAACGUCCGGCGCGGCUUCUGCGGCUUCCGAUUGAGUACGGGAAGCUCCUGCAGCCAAUCGGAAGCCGCGCCUUGGUUUUCAAACCGUUUCGGGAGUUGAAUGGACUCCUGGAACGGAUUCCCCCUCCCCCCUUCUUGGUAAUUUUGCUUCCUCCGGCAUUGCUGUGCCAGAGGUGCCCAUGCUCCUUUGCUCCCUGUCUCCCUGGCAGGUGGUGGGUGCAAAAGUGGUGACCAAUGCCCGCAGUCCCGGCGCUCGCUGUUACGGCUUUGUCACCAUGUCUUCAUCCGAGGAAGCGACUAAAUGCAUCAACCAUCUGCAUCGGACAGAACUGCAUGGGAAAAUGAUUUCUGUUGAAAAAGUGAGUUCUUUUUGCUACCCACGAGAAAUGUGACCGAAAACAGCCCACUCCUUCGUGGUAAACUUUACCAUGAAAUGUACACACAGGUGUCAUGGUGAGAAUGCUUGUUAUUCACAAAUUCAGUUAUCUGAACGUAAAGAAUUAUGCCCAAACCUCACAAUUCAGAUAUCCGAACAGCCAGGGUUUGCCCACUUCCUGACUUGUUUGUGUUUUGUUGGUCACUGGCAGAUAUUUUGGGCCAGAAAUCAUUUAGGGAGAGAUGGAGAUGGGACAAAUCAGGGAGCAAGAGAGAUCAGGCAAAUCAUUUUUCCUUUGUUUCUCUCUUUUUGGUUUGCUUGCAGCCAUUUCAGGAAGGAACCAUGGGGGGAGGGGAAAGAAAUUGAGCAAAUCAUAGAAAUGUUCCCAUAGAGAAUAAUGGAAAUCAUCAGCACAUUAUGCGAAUGCUUGCCUUAUGAACGAUUUUCUGGGAACGCAUUGUGUUCAGAAAGCGGGAACCACGUGUACCACGUGGGGUGGGGUGGGGACAAGCAUUUGAAAAUUUCUUCCACCCCUAUUUUGCAAGUGGUUCAUCCCAGGAACAGCAUCUUAUUGUGUGAUCCUACUGACUCGUGUACACGCAUGCCCCAGCCCUAAGCAAUUUCCUCAAUAUCAUUCCAGGCCAAAAAUGAACCUGCCGGGAAAAAAGCAUCAUCAGACAAGAAAGAAACAGAAGCCAAGAAGGAGAAGGACAGGCGUCACUCAACGGACUCCAAAUCGGAAAAGUAAAGCGGGAGUUUUAAUAAUCCCCUGUGUGUCGGGCUUUGAAGCCGUUUCGUGACAAAGCAUGAGUGAGCAGAGCAAAUGGAGGCAGGAAUGCUUCCGAAUGCCAGUUGCUGGAAACCACAGGAGGGGAGAGUGUUCUUUUGUUUGGGUCUAGCUAGCACACUUCCCACAGGCAUUUAGUUUGGCCACUGUGAGAAUACGAUACUGGACUAGAUGGGCCAGUGGCCUGAUCUGGCAGGCUGUCCUUCUGUUCUCACAUUGUUCUGCAUUAUGUUAUUUCCUACCUCCUUGCAAAUAAGGGAUGCGAGUGGCGCUGUGGGUUAAACUACAGAUCCUAGGACUUGCUGAUCGGAAGGUCGGCGGUUUGAAUCCCCAGGAUGGGGUGAGCUCCCGUUGCUCGGUCCCAGCUCCUGCCCACCUAGCAGUUCGAAAGCACGUCAAAGUGCAAGUAGAUAAAUAGGUACCACUCUGACAGGAAGGUAAACGGCGUUUCCGUGCGCUGCUCUGGUUUCGCCAGAAGCGGCGUAGUCAUGCUGGCCACAUGACCCGGAAGCUGUCUGCGGAUAAACGCCGGCUCCCUCGGCCUAUAGAGCCGCACAACCCCAGAGGCGGCCACAACUGGACCUAAUCGUCAGGGGUACCUUUACCUCCUUGCAAAGGACUGCUGCUGGCUCAGCCCUUCCACCGGGGAAAGCAAUUUGGCAUUCUGCAGCCUGUUUUGGACACUGGGAUUUCAGUCAUGUUCAGAGUAGAACCCCAUGAAAUUAAUAGCCAUGGAGACGUGACUGCUUCCAAGCGUGCUUGUGCACAAGGCUUCAUUAGGUGAUGAGCAGCGAUCAAAUCCUGCUGCCUAGGCUGCACGAUCCUGUUCCUUACUGAGACUCGGGCAAGCAGCCAAUGAAGAAUUAAACAGGGUCUUCCUGCCCAUCCAGUGAUGUCACCAGUGAUGUCACUGGGUGGGCGGGCGUGGCUUUGGGGAAAUUGCCAUGAUUGGUUUGCGGUCCAGAGGUUCUUCACCUCUGGACUGCAAACUUACUUGAACAAGCCAAGAUCUGGCUGCUACUGCUGGAAGCAUUGGGCCAGGCUCAGCUCUUAGCACCGAGAGAAUGAAGGUUACUGCCACUCUUAAGCCAGAAAUGUGGACAGUCUGUGUGUGUGUUCUCUCUCUGCUGCCCUCCAGUUUUGGGGGCAGUGGAGCUGUUCUGGGAGUUGAAGGAAAAGAGGUCAGGGCUCUUGGUCGAUGCAGCUGUGCUUUGUGCACACAGAGAAGCACGUUAGCUCCUCCUUUUCCAGCCCAGGGUUCUGGAUGUGUGCAGUCAAUGGUCAAGAAUGGGAAUCUCAUUGCGCUAGAAUCCGCAAACUGGCUUCUGUAGCUUUGACUUCUUAUGAAGGAAAUUCCCUGCUGCCCUUCAGAAUCAGUUUCUAGGUCUGCUUAUAAAUAAAAUGAAAAAGGAAACAGAAAAUACAAUAAAACCAGCAAAUAUAGGAAGCGUUUUAAAUUUUAUUUUAAAGGUGCUCAAUUCUUUUUUUUUCUCUUAAAAGACUUUUGCUGACCACUUUAUUUGUUAACAUGGAUGGGAUGGUCUGAUCUGCAAGGACAUCUUAGCUGCACCUUUAGAAUCCCAUAGGUUUACGGCAAAGGUGUGUGUGUAUUUUAAGGUUUUUUUUUGUGUGUUUUGCUAUAAUCUACUUGUAGGUCUCCUAGCCUUAAGAAAGAAGAAAAAUUGGAGAAAAAGGAUGACCCCAAAAAGUCAGAAGAGAAAGAGGUGGGAGACGGGAAAGAGGGGGUCGAAACGGAGGAGCAAAAAAAGGGAUCCUCUGACCGUUCGCGAUCGAUUAAAUCAGGUAACAAAAGCUGUGGGGGGUGGGUGGCUUUUUUUAGUGUGAUUUAUGGCCCUGCUGAGAGCUUGAUUCAUGCAUGUGAGGGGUGGGUGAGUGGGUUGGACAUUUGUAUCCGAUAUAGAAGGCCUCUGAAUAAUAUCACGCUACCCUUAGGAAAGGCGUGGGUGAGAUUGUGUAGGCAGAGAAGCUCUCACUAACCAGUCUGAACCUUUUUCGUCAAGGGGAAGCUCUUGUAGGAGGCUCAAUCCUGGCAGCUGAACGAAUGCUCUCGGAAGAGGCUUGCUUAAAACCAGUCAUUCCCAAAUUGCUGUGCACAGUGAGGAAUAAAUUAAAGAACUGAAAAGCUCCCUCAAGCCCAAAACAACCCCAGAUGAGGCUGCCUGCUGCUUCUCUGCAUGAUCUGCAACUCUGAUCUUGCCUGCUUCCAUUUGGCCUAAGUUGGGGUAGUGGGUGCUGAUAACCCAUGUGACUGCACUUGGUGUGAUGGGGUCAUUCAGUUGCUCCUGGUGCAGCAGAACGACCUGCCUCCGGAGCAGGCUGCCUUUCGUUCCUCCACACGAUGGGUUACUCUGGACAGAACAGUGACUCAGAUAAAUAUACAGAGCAUAGACUCAUUUGAUGAAGGCAAACUUUUCAAGAACAGCAUUGAAACAUGCCUUCGGUUUUCAUUCAGAGGGGGAAAUGCACCUUUGCUUUGGAAAAUGCUAGGCUUGUGUUCAUUUGUGCGUCUCAGAGGGGUACCUUGGAAGUACAUUUUGACCUAUUUGGAGCAAUUCCUUUUGUCUCCAGCCUCUGUGAUGUAUCCUGUUACAUAUGGAUAUGUCGUUCCCUUUGUUCAAUUUGCUUUUGUGAUGGCUUCCUCACUAGACACAAAUAAACCUGUCUGAUCUAUCAAGGAUACGAACAAGAAGGCAUCUCUUAGCCUCUAAUUUUACCUUGUUUGAAUUGUUCUCUCUCCAUCCCCCCCAGCCCCAUUCUUCGGCAAACAGUAGCAUCGGUGGACUUCUGUCUUGUUAAGUGUCAAAUAGUUAAAGCAAGGGAUAGGGACCAGUGGCCCUCUGUGUCAGGGUUCAGCAAACUUUUUCAGCAGGGGGCCGGUCCACUGUCCCUCAGACCUUGUGGGGGGCCUAGAUUUUGAAAAAAAUAAUGAACGAAUUGCUAUGCCCCACAAAUAACCCAGAGAUGCAUUUUAAAUAAUAGCACACAUUCUACUCAUGUAAAAACAUGCUGAUUCCCGGACCGUCCACAGCCUGGAUUUAGAAGUUGAUUGGGCUGGAUCCGGCCCCCGGGCCUUAGUUUGCCUAUGUGCUAGGGCAGUGUUUCCCAACCUUGGGCCUCCAGCUGUUUUCGAACUACAAUUCCCAUCAUCCCUGACCACUGGUCUUGCUAGCUGAGGAUUAUGGGAGUUGUAGUCCAAAAACAGCUGGAGGCCCAAGGUUGGGAAAUAUGUGCUAGGGGAAGGGCUACAGCUGAGUGGCAGAGCAUCUACUUUGUUUAAAGAACUUCUCAGCUUCAGAUCCCUGAUAAGUAAGGCUUUGAAAGACACUCCCCCCUCCCCCUGCUUGAAACCCCGGAGAGCUGCUGGCAGUCAGUAUAGGCAGUAUUGAGCUAGAUGACUCAAUAGUCUGACACAGUAUAAGGCAGCUUCCUGUGUUCCUUCCUUGCCAGCUCCCAUCAGUCCCAGCCAAUGUGGUCAGUACUCCGCAUUUCUGCAUGAUUGUUACAUUCGCGACUCUUGACGUGCGCCGUUUUCAGUACCAGAAGGGGGUGGAACGGGGCAGGGCUGGCUUACGCAUGUCCUGACGUUCACGCUGCCUUAGAACACAACUCCUUUGUAAAUGGGGAGUUGCCUGCCAAUAAAGAGUGAUGACUAGUCUGAUUUUUGCACUCGUUCCAGAGAUCUGAAGUGCCUAAACCCAUUGUUGCCUUGCAGAAAGCCGAGGAACAGAGCGGACGGUGGUCAUGGACAAGUCCAAAGGAGAGCCGGUGAUUAGUGUGAAAACCACAACCACAUCAAAAGAGAGAGUAAGCCAUUGGUUUGGUGUCUUAAAACUAGACGGUGCAAAGAAAGGAAGGCCAGGGGAGGGAGGCCACACCCUUCUCUUUUGUAGUUCUAAUAAAUCGUCACACCCAGCAGUCCCUGGAUGUGCAGAGAAGUCCUGUCGCCCUUUGUGUAAUGGAAUAGUGUCACGGGAGUUGGAAAGGUUUCAACUGAGCCUGUGUGGGCAGCGAGAGGAGAACCCAGAGAUUUAAAAGUUCCAGGAGGCAUCGUUCUGCUUCUAAAGCAGGAGUGUGUGCACCCUAUGGCCCUCAGCCCAAUUUCACACGGGUGCCAGAAAGAGGAAAGUGUCUUCCCACUUUUGGCUGUGUUGCUGCCCUCCUGCCAGUGUACAGCCCUGGCACGUUGCCCCAAGGGAAUGUGGUCCUUGACCUAACAAACAGUUCCUGGCCUGUGUUCUAAAGCUCCUCAACUUACUUGAGCACCCCUGUUUUUCACAAGGCUAGAUGGACUUCUCUGGUGUGCUAUCCAGUAGGGCUGGGCUUACGUUCUCAGAUGUGAUCUGUCCAGAAGUGCCCCUUCCUAACAAGAUUACACCAGCGCUGUGUUGGGAGGCAAAGACGAUUGGGGUGGUGGUGGUAAUCUCUCUCCUUGUCCUCUCGGCAGGAAAAUGGACAUCUCCCCGUUCUUUUGUGUCAAUCUUUCUAAUCCUUGCCUUUCACCCCCCCACACCCCACUUCUCGACUCCAGAGCACAAAAAGCCACGACCGCAAGUCAGAGAGCAAAGAGAAGCAGGACAUUCUGUCUUUUGACAAAAUCAAAGAGCAGCGCGAACGAGAGCGGCAGAGGCAACGGGAGAGAGAAAUCCGAGAGACCGAGCGGCGGAGGUAGGUUGGGAUCCCCCUCGCCUCACCUGCGGAAUUCUGCCCUCCGCAGAAUGACAGGUGAUUGGCAUCGACACAAUUUCUGACCCGUGGACCUAAGGCGACCCUCCCUCCUUUCUUCAGUUCACCCCCCUUCUCUUUUCAUUGGCUGCACCCUGCGCCGCCCCUGAGUGCUUUUACCUGACUGAAAUGUGUCCUCAAAUUGUGAUUCCUCUUUCUUGCCGGGAUGGAGAGGUGUUGAGGUGCUGGUGGCGGGAAAACCUCUGGGUUUUGUGGGUGGGUGGAAUGUAUCCUACUGCACAGAGUCCUAGCUGUUGCCACACCCACUUCUGGCACCCAGGCCACACCCACAACACCAGCCUGUGGCCACCCAGAAGCUUGCCCAAGAGGGAAUGUAGCUUUCAGCCUGAAAAGGGUGUCCCUGCUUCUGAGAUAAACACCAGCAGGCAUUUCCAACCAUCUUCAGCCUUAAAACAGGGACCUCUUGUCAUCAUCUGUUUUAAGCGCAGGUGCGCUUGCAUCUCCAGACAUUUUAUUUAUAUGCUGUCCACCAGCAAAGUCUUCUGGGUGGUGAGCCUUGGAAUGGUGACAUACCUUUCAUAGGGUAUAAUAAUAAUGAUGAUGAUGAAUUAUUUAUUGAAUUUAUAUACCGCCCUCUACCUGCAGGUCUCAGUGUGGUUCAAUAUAUAAAAUCAAAAUAAAAGACAAUAGCCCAAUAACAUCCCCCACCCAAAGAGCCACAUUUUAGAAGGGCAUAGGAUGUCACUCAGAUCAACCAAAGGCCUGGUUAAAAAGGAACGUUUGCCUGGCGCCUAAAGGUGUAUAAUGAACAAGCGAACUUCCCUGAGGAGAGCAUUCCACAGACGGGGAGCCACUGCAGAGCAGGCCCUGUUCUCGUGUUGCCACCUUCCGGACCUCUCAAGGAGGAGGUAAACAAAAGAACCUCAGAAGAUCUCAUGGUCUGGGUAGGUUCAUAUGGAAAGAGGUGGUCCUUGAGGUAUUGCAGUCCUGAGCAGUUUAAGGCUUUAUAGGUCAAAACCAACACUUUGAAUUGGGCCCAGAAAUUAACUGGUAGCCAGUGCAGUCGGACCAGGAUCGGUGUCCGGUGAGCGACUUGGCCAGUGAAUUCUGCACUAGCCAAAGUUUUCAAACCUUCAGAGGCAGCCCUGCAUAUAACUCAUUGAAGUAAUCUAUUCCGUUAACCCCACUUAGAGCAGUCCCAGUGAUAUGUAAUGGACAUAACUAACUUAAGUUCGUUCAUUUCCCUGGGUUGAACUUGUUCGGUUGCAUUCCUGAGAGCAGUUCACAGGGGCCACCCUAGCUGUCAGGGCUUUGUGGUUAGGCAGUGGCAAAGAGAGAGAGAGAGGAUGUUUAUGUGUGGACUUACUUUGCCACUUAAAACUCCCCCUCUCCUAUUAGGAGUAAAACUCUGGGGCAAGUGUUUACCACAGGGUGACUUUCAGCAGAACCACUGGAGGGAGCCCCCAAACUGCUUCUGGAUCUCCUGUGCAGGUUAAGGGCUGCUCACUUGGUUGCCGGUGCUGAGAAGGUGCUGUUGUCCUUUUUUAAAAAAGGCAGUGCUAAAGGCAGCUAUCGCUUGAUAGCUCUGUGCUGAUUCUUGGUUCAAGUCUGCGGCUGGAGGAAGAAAGGAACUGAUAGGCUUUCUAUACUAAUGGAGUGGAACUCCAAUACGGGCUAACUCUCAUUUGUUCCACCCUUGUUUCCAUGCAUGGCACGAGCACCCCAGAGGAUUCGUUUUCUCUCUCUCUUUCUCUCUCCGCACCCCCCCCCCCCGGCUUUGAAAUAUUUCUGCCUUGGCGCAGCAGCCAGAGAUCAUUAUCCAGUGAUGACUUUGUGCUCCGUUGACAUUAUCUAUUAUGCAGUUGUCACUUGCCUCGGCAUCUGUGCUAUCUGCUUCAGUUUAAUGGGGAUUGUUCAGCUUCCAAGUGAAGCCUCCUGCAUAUUUCCCCCCUGCCGCUCCCAUUGUUCCAAGUGGAUAUUUUAAAGGGCUCUUUAUUAUGUAAGAGCCUGACACAUUUUUCCUCUUAGACGGGUGCUCAUAGGCUGGCUGGUGAAACUCUUUCUUCCUUUCUCGUUCCGCUGAUUAAACGUUGCCCGAGUACCUUUUUGUCUUUUCUGACACGUAAUUAUUACAUUUCUCCUCUCCCGCCCCACCCCAGAGCUCAUAUAUUCACUUCUCUAUAGGUCUCUGUCACUUCCUUUCCCUGCUCCCUCCAUUUUAUUUUUUCUCAGUCAGUCUUGCAAGUUUUCUGCCAGAGUUUCUAGAGGUGUGGAGGAUCCUGGGUUUCCCCUUUUGCUUCUUCAGGAGCAAGGACUUUUCCUGAUUUCCACAUUCAAGGAAUCCUCACUGCAGCAGCUCAUAUGCCGAAGCGUCUGCCGCAAAUCUCCAGUGUGCCAGUAGCCUUUUUUGGUGGGCAACCAGCUCAACCGGUACGGGGGGGGGGCAGCCAAACCUUUUGAGUCUUCCCACUCAGCCGCUGGAACAGUGCCUUGAAACAGGAAUGGGACUGUUUCAGAACCUACUUAAUUCUUUUGCGACACCCCCUAGCCCAGGAACAGAAUAGUAGCUCUGUGUGUGUUUGUGUAGCCAGUUGCAAAAUGUUGGCUUUAAAGCGAGAUAUCUGUAUUACUCAGUGCACCCCAUGACCUAUGUGCUGGGAUGGAGUGGAAAGCACAGCUCCACAGGAUGAGCAUUUUAAGGCUAAGCUUUCAUCACUAGCCGACAGAACUGUUCAAAGAUCUGCCCGGGGUAGCCAAUCAGUACUCAUGCUUUGCACGUGCGAGGGACUUUCUAUUGCUUAACCAGGCUUCCUCAAACUUGGCCCUCCAGAGACUACAAUUCCCAUCACCCCUGACCACUGGUCCUGCUAGCUAGGGAUCACGGGAGUUGUAGGCCAAAAACAUCUGGAGGGCCGUGUUUGAGGAAGUGUGGCUUAAACUAUUGGCAGUCAAAAACCCUUCCUAAUCUACUGCAAACAACCUAGCGAUUUAUGCAGCCUCCCUGCCCUAGGAUACAGCCAGCACACUCAGGUUACUUCAUGCUGCUGGGGCUGGGGAUGCAGAGUUCAGUAGCAGCCUGGCAUACUGCCCUUACUGAUCCUCUUGCUGGGGAAACUGGUCCGCCUCUGCAAGGAUCCCUGGGGGUUUACCCUAUACAGGCACUUUUUAACCUUAAAAAAGCUGGGGGGGGCGGCUUUGGGCCUAUGCAGUAUUGUUGAGAGGACACCAUACAUUAUAUGCUGUUCUAUAAACUGUAGGAAACACUUGGGCAUAAAUAUUUAGAGAAGUCCCUAGUAGUGGUUGCUACCCUAAGAAUAUGGGUAAGAUUAAAUACCUUGUCUCAUUCGGGCAGGUCUGCAACAUAUAAUGCAGCUAAGGUCUAGAGGGUGGCAACACGGGAACUGGCCUUCUCUGCAGUGGCUCCCCGUCUGGAAUGCUCUCCCCAGAGAAGUUCACUUGGUGCCUUCAUUGUAGACUUUAGGCACCAGGCAAAAAUGUUCCUUUUUAACCUGACCUUUGGUUGAGCUGAUUUACACCCUAUGCCCUUUUAAAAUGUGCGUGUGUUGUUUUUUUGUGGGGGGGGUAGGCUAUUGGGGUGUUGUUUUUAUUUUUAUUAUGCAUUUUGUGGUUUUAUAUCUUGAUUUAAUUCUGUGAAUCACUCUGAGACCCCCGGGUAUAGGGCGGUAUAUAAUUAAAUAAUUAACAACAACAACAACUUAAUUAAUUCUCAGUGAAGACUGCUGUGCAGCUUGCCUAAAGCCAUGCAGCCUCCCUUGAGAUCGAAGAUUCUGGUUUUUUUAACAUACGAUUUAUUCAUUGUAGAGGUCCAGGUCUUUAACUUUGCGUGUGAUUCUUGGGUGUUCAGCGUUACCUCCGGUUGCUAACAGAAUCCGUUCAGGAGGUCCGGCUGCAUCCCGAGGAAUUCGCAACCAGAGGACCGCUUCUGUGCAUGAGCGCUGCACAAUUUAGCGCUUAUGCGCAUGGCGCAUAGAGCGCUUCUGCAUAUGCAUGCGCGGCGACACCCAGAAAAAUACUUCCGGGUUUGCUGCGUUCGCAUCCCAAAGUUUACGUAUCCAGAGGGAUACGUAAGCGGAGGUAAAGGUAAAGGGACCCCUGACCAUUAGGUCCAGUCGUGGCCGACUCUGGGGUUGCGGCGCUCAUCUCGCUUUAUUGGCCGAGGGAGCUGGCGUACAGCUUCUGGGUCAUGUGGCCAGCAUGACUAAGCCGCUUCUGGCAAAGCAGAGUAGCGCACAGAAACGCCGUUUACCUUCCCUCUGGAGAGGUACCUAUUUAUCUACUUGCACUUUGAUGUGCUUUCGAACUGCUAGGUUGGCAGGAGCAGGGACUGAGCAACGGGAGGUCACCCCGUCGUUGCGGGGAUUCGAACCGCUGACCUUCUGAUCGGCAAAUCCUAGGCUCUGUGGUUUAACCCACAGCGCGGAGGUAUGACCGUACAAUUCAUGUUUCUGCUUGAGCGCAACCUGUAUUUUAAAUACCGAACAGGGAGCGGGAGCGCCGGGAGCGGGAGCAGCACAUCCAGGCCGUCCGGGAGCGGGACGAGAGGCAGAAGCUGCAGUGGGAGCGGGAGCGACUGCAGUUCCAGCGGCAGCGUCUGGAGAGGGAGCGGAUGGAGAGGGAACGCCUGGAAAGAGAGCGGAUGCACAUUGAGCACGAGAGGAGGCGGGAGCAGGAGCGCAUCCAGCGCGAGAGGGAGGAGCUGCGCCGGCAGCAUGAGCAGCUGCGCUACGAGCAGGAGCGCCGCUCGGCUUUGAGGCGGCCGUACGACACGGACGGGAGGUGAGGCGGCUGAGCUGCGCCUCGGGGAACUGUAGAGCUUGUGCUAAAGGCUGCUUCCCUGCAGCAAAUCGCAAAUACCCCACUUUUUACCCAAAUGCAGCAAAAUGUGUCAAUCAUUUGAGGCGUCCCCUUAGAUUGAGGGUUGGGGUCCCCUCCUGGUCAUAUGGGGAGCAGGGAGGGGGCUGCUUGUGGUUGGGGAGUCCCGCAGGUACGGAGCCAGAAUAGAAAUCAAUGACCCAAUAAAUAAAGAUGUAAGGCUUAACUCCAAGCAGACUUGCUAAGAUGUAUAAGACUGAAUCAGGUAAGUACUGGAGAUGCAAUGAGACUAAGGGAACGCUCCUUCAAAUGUGGUGGACCGGUAAAAGGGUAUUGGGGGAAAACCAGCAAACACCCAGAGUCCUUUUCGUUGGGGAUAAUUCAGACAGAAAUGCCCAGGUGUCAAAAAAGGUUAUCUACCGUAUUUUUCGCUCUAUAAGACGCACCAAACCACAAGACUCACCUAGUUUUGGGAGGAGGAAAACAAGAAAAAAAUAAUUCUGAAUCUCAGAAGCCAGAACAGCAAGAGGGAUCGCUGCGCAGUGAAAACAGCAAUCCUUCUUGCUGUUCCAGCUUCUGUGAUAGCUGUGCAGCCUGCAUGCGCUCCAUAAGACGCACUUUUUAGGAGGGAAAAAGUGAGUCUUAUAGAGCAAAAAAUACGGUAUGUAUGCAGCAACUGUGGCCCAUGUUCUGUUAGCCCCAAAAUGGAAAACGAGCGAGGUCCCAGCCAAAGAAGAAUGGCAACUUGAAUUGACGGAAUAUACAUCACCCGUUUUCCAUUUUUGGCCAACAAAACAUCUUAAACAGUUGGAAUAUGCGCAGCUGGCAGACCUAACUUACAGAAUAAGAGAACAAGAAGAACAUUUGUUUAAAGAAGAUUGGAAAAUGUUUAUUGAAUAUAUGGGGAAUAAUUGUGUACACUUGAAAACGUGGGCAGCAUUAAGAUAAAUUCAACAGUGUAAAUAAGGUUCAAUGGAAGUAACAAUGGAAUACUGAAUGGUUUAGUUUAUAUAAAAUAUGCUAUGCAAAGUGAACCAUGAAAAGAUAAGAAGGGAAGUCAUUGAUAUUUUAAGGAUGCCCAAAUGAAUAUUCUAAAUUGUAAAACAGAAAAUUUAAUAUAAAUUUAAUAUAAAUUAUGUUUAAGAAAAAUAAAAAUAAAGACGUAAGACUGAAGCCAAGCCACACGGCUGGUCCAAGUACAGCUCAGAGAACUCUUUGCCAGGCUGAUUUUUUAUCGUACCUGACCCCUGCCACGUUCCUCCCGGAGAGAUUGGCAGCAGAAAGAAAAGUCCUGGGAAAGCCAUUGCUAGUAUAAAACCAUUAUCAGUUUGUGCUGGAGAUGUGCCCAGUUGCUUACAGACACCUAUGCACCCAUCCUCUUUUUUAGGAGGAGAAGAUUAAAAAGCACUUCAGGAAUUGGAUUUUAGUGGAUUUUUACUUUAAAAAGUAAAAAAUCUUAUUUAUGUUAGCAGAGAUAUCUUUGUGAUGGAUUAUUUCUUGAAAAGCAGGGUAUUUUUUUUAUCCAGUUUUGGAAUGAUAAGGUGCAGGAUGCAAUUCAUCCACAUGUUGUAUUAGCAACAGUGUGAUGAUAAUAUUUUUUUAUUCACUUUUCUUGUUUUCUGCCUCUUCGCGUCUCUUAAUAUGGUUCUUUUUCAUAUGGAUUUUUUUUUUAAAAUCUAUUCUUAAAUUCUACACCACCCUUUAAUUUCAGGUUUGCAGGAUUGCUGAGUUUUUUUUUUAAAAAAAGUUUAAUUUUAGAAAAUACAAAUGAAAAAAAGAGUGCCAGUAAAAGCAGCUUUAACAACAACCCAGAGCUGCCAUUUCAAGAACUAUGGGAGAAGCAGAAGGUCUCUUCCUGGUGCUGGAAGGGUAAUGACCUUCGGCAGGCCAGCUUCUCUGGAUGGGGGUGACGAAGCCAAGGAGUUGCUAAAUCUGUUUCCUUUGCAGGCGGGACGACUCGUAUUGGCCUGAAGCAAAGCGGGUGGCCCUGGAUGAUGGGUACCACUCUGACUUCAGUCGACCAGAUCGCUUCCAUGGCUUUGACCACAGAGACCGCAGCCGGUACCAGGACCACUCGGUGGACAGGUAGCGAAGUCUUCCCUCCUGUGUCUUGCAUUGUCAGAAACCCAAGGCCACGCAGGGCCUGCCAGGUCAGGCUGGUGGCUCUCCCAGACCAGCUCCCUGUUCUCACAGUGGCUGACGAGAUGCCUAUGCAAUAAUAAUACAGUGGUACCUCGCAAGACGAAAAACUCGCAAGACGAAAGAGUUUUUCGUUUUUUGAGUUGCUUCGCAAGACAAAUUUCCCUAUGGGCUUGCUUCGCAAGACGAAAAACAAACAAAAAAAAGAAAACGUCUUGCAAGUUUGUUUCCUUUUUCUUAAAGCCGUUAAUACCCAGGGUGACUUCAAGGAGCAACUCAUAGCAUGCGGUGUGGUAGCCUUUUUUGAGGUUUUUGAAGACUUUGGUGAUUUUGAAGACUUUGGGAAACCGUGCUUUGCAAGACGAAAAAUUCGCAAGACGAAAGAACUCGCAGAACGAAUUAAUUUCGUCUUGCGAGGCACCACUGUAAUAAUAAUAAUAACAAUAAUUUAUACCUUGCCCAUCUGGCUGGGUUUCCCCAGCCACUCUGGGCAGCUCCCAACAGAUUAUUGAAAACACAAUAAAACAUCAAACGUUAAAAACUUCCCUAAACAGGGCUGCCUUCAAACGUCUUCUGAAAGUCAGAUGGUGGUUUAUUUCCUUGACAUCUGGCGGGAGCAGGCGCCACUACUGAGAAGGCCCUCUGCCUGGUUCCCUGUACUCUCGCGUCUCAGGGAGGAAAGCCUCUGGGGGCCUGCAAGCAAGGCCUGGGCGCAAGAGUGCCCUCUCCUGUGGCUUCCAGUGUAUUCAAAAGCGUUUACUGCCUCUGACCAUGGGAAUUGCAUGGCUCAUUGUGGUUCAAAUGAGGAAUGGAAACUUUUCGUGCUCUUCUUCCUCACUCAUAGGCAGCUCUUUAAGGAAGUGAGCAUAGUUUAGUUGACAGAGCAGGAACUCCCCAGUUCCAUCCCUGGCAGCUGCAUGUAGGAGUGGGAAAGAGACCCUUGUCUGAAACCCUGAAGAGCCAGUGCCAGUCAGGGAAGACAGUGCUGAACUAGAUGGGCCAAAGAUCUGUCUCUGUUUAAGGCCCUUUCCUGUCUUCCUAUUUAAGCCAACCCUUCAUUCAGAACUAGAAUGUUUUUAGAGUCCCAGGCCAAAUCCCUAGCAUCAGCAGGUGAUGGGAAAGACAACCUAGCUUGAAAUCCUGGAUAGCUGCUGCCAGUCAGAGAAAGCAGUACUGAGCCAGGCAGACACUGAGCCGGUGUCUGACUUAGAUAAAGGUGGCUUCCUCUGCUCCUAGGCCACUUUGGGUUUGGGCUGUUUCACAGUUUUCGCUGUUCACCCCAAAACAUAAAGUGCAAAGGUGACGUUUUGGCGUUUGAAGACAAGCGUGCUGUACUGGUAUACUGACCUCAGAACCCAAAACGGUUCAGUUUCUUGCUUUGUAAUGCGUGGAACGACCUUGAGUCACCAUGCACAUGGCAGAUAGCAGACCAGUUAAGAGCUGCCAAGUUGGUUUCUCCUGCCCAUGACCUGUCAGAAGUUGAAAAGAUGCUGGUGGUUAUCGUAGUUUCCUAUUGAUUAAUCCCAAAGUAACGAGAUGCACUCCUGCCAACCUAGCAGUUUGAAAGCACGUCAAAGUGCAAGUAGAUAAAUAGGUGCCACUCCGGCGGGAAGGUAAACGGCAUUUCCGUGCGCUGCUCUGCUUUGCCAGAAGUGGCUUAGUCAUGCUGGCCACAUGACCCAGAAGCUGUACGCCGGCUCCCUCGGCCAAUAAAGCGAGAUGAGCGCCGCAACCCCAGAGUUGUCCGCGACUGGACCUAAUGGUCAGGGGUCCCUUUACCUUUAACAAGAUGCACAGCAGCAGAAUUUAGGAAUAUAGGGAACUGACCCUGACUGAGUCUGACCAUGGUCUAUGCAUCUCAAUACUGUAUGUGCUGACUGCCAGCAGCUCUCCAGAGUUUCCCGGCCCACCUUGGGAAUCGAACCAGGGCAACUGCAUGCAAACCAGUGGCUCUACCACUGGGUUGCAGCCUGUCCCCUGCUUGUUUCCAAAGCUUACCCACCUAUGUGCGUUAACACAGAUUUUCUCUUCCCUCCCGACUAGGAGAGAAAGUUCAAGAACUGUGCCAGAUCGGGAUGGACAGGUAUGCCCAUGCGAUGCAGUAUUGUUAUAAAAAAUGCUUAGAUGUCCAAAAAGCUUGCACAGUGGUUUAUGGUCUUAUGGUAUGGGUUGGGAAUUCCCAGGCUGUGAGUAGUAGGCUGAGGCAGUGCCACAAGCAAUUUAAUUCAGGCAAAGGCUGCAGCAAGCGGGAGACACGUACCGUAUUUUUUGCUCUAUAAGACUCACUUUUUCCCUCCUAAAAAGUAAAGGGAAAUGUGUGUGCGUCUUAUGGAGCGAAUGCAGGCUGCACAGCUAUCCCAGAAGCCAGAACAGCAAGAGGGAUCGCUGCUUUCGCUGCGCAGCGAUCCCUCUUGCUGUUCUGGCUUCUGAGAUUCAGAAUAUUUUUUUUCUUGUUUUCCUCCUCCAAAAACUAGGUGCGUCUUGUGGUCUGGUGCGUCUUAUAGAGCGAAAAAUACGGUAGCCACAGAAGGGGCUAACUGUCGCACCUCUGCAUGAUUCCUGCUCUGGCACUGCCUCAUUCCAUGCAACAGGGGUGUGUGCAAUUCUCACACAUGUGAGCAUCGUUGGGAUCAUUUCAGUCAAUUUGUUUCUGGGGUGGGAUCGUUGGAAAGCAGAUAAUCCUGACAUAGUCUGAGAAUAAAUCCUGUUAGGAAUUCGUGUGAAGUGUAACUCCACAUUCUUGGUGACAGCCUCGGCUGUCAGAGAUUUGGGGAUCCUGGUCAAGAAAGGCCAUUUGGAUUCUUGGAAAGAGAAACAGAUUACAAGUAAAACGAAGGGACCACCUGCUGCUACGUGAGAGCUUUUGCGUGUCUUGCUGCGUAGGGACAGAUUAAGAAGAACUGUUCUCGAGUCAUGUUUUCCAGGCAUGAUCGCUUCCUGUUGGCUGCACCACAUCCAAAAUAUCUGGAAAAUCAGACUCAAAACAUCAGCCUGAUAUCCAUAAGAGACAGACACUAACAUUUUACUUAUGUCUCUUCAGCGAUUCCCACUGCUGAAGAGGCAAGCCUUUUUAAACAAGAACCAAAAACAGCCCACACCUGAAUAAUGGUCUGUUCUCUUGGCAGUGGAGUGAACUGUUCGUAACAGAGAGAGAGCGCGAACCUCUGGCUUCAUGUGUUCUUGAAGAACAACAUUUAUUUCAAAUACCUUUUACCUCUGAUUUUCCAGCUAAAAAAAUUGCUCUGGCAGCCACAAUAUGAAAAAGCAGCAAUAAUUAAAAGCAGUAAGAACAUGACAUUAUAAAUAUGCCGGCCAAACAAGAGUGGCAGAUGAUUUGUCUCAAUUUGCACAUGAGAAGCAAAGCCAGCUUGACUGUUGCUCACACCUUGGGCAAGCCAGGGUCCCUUUAUCCGGAUCCCAGCCACAAAAUUCUCACCGGCUGCUUCAGCACCACGGACUCUCUUUCAUGUCCUUCUUCAUUGCUUGAUUGCUGAAGCGUCAUCUCGGGUUUGCGGAAGAGCCAUCACGGGCAAGGCAGAGAAAGGUGGAUUAAAGCUGAAAGGCCAAUAGGGAAAGCUCCCGUAUGCUGUAGGAAGAUCCACUGCAGCCUUCCCAAUACAUACAAGAAAACCCCACUGGUGCAUCUCUGUCCUUGUAGUUAGGUGGUGUGCUCUCUGAGCCAUUGUGGUGACCAGGCUAGGGCAAGGAUGGUUCACCGGUGGCCUAUAGGCUGGAGCUGUCCACCUGCCCCCAUUUUUUGCAGAUGCUAAUGCCUUGUGCUUUACUCCAACUGUGUGGGCUUGCCUUUUCAGCACUACUCUGACGAGAGGCACGGAGGGCCUGACCGCCACUCGCGGGACAGCUGGGGAAGUUACGGGUCAGAGAGGAGGCUCAGCAAAGGGCGAGGGUUGCCUCCGCCGUCCCGGUGAGUGUCCGUAAAGCAGAGCUGUCGCACGCCAGUGCCAUGUUAGAAACUCAGAUAUAGAAGCCGGGUGCCAGGUGGCGCCUUAAACCUAGGUUGCAGUCACCACAACAGAAUGUCUAUUUGGCAGGGGAUUGGACCGGAUGUCCCAGGGGCCCCCUUCUUUCAGUGCUACAAUUCUGAGAUUCUAUUGCCUCAACUGCAUUGCUUGCUCUAAUAAUAAUAACAAUAAUAAUAAUAAUAAUAAUACUUUAUUAUUAAUACUCUGCCCAUCUGGCUGGGUUUCCCCAGCCACACUGGGCGGCUUCCAACCGAAUAUUAAAAACAAUACAGCGUCAGGCAUUUAAAACUUCCUAAAGAGGGCCGUCUUUUAAAAGUAAAAUAGUUGUUUAUUGCCUUGACAUCAGAUGGGAGAGCGUUCCACAGGGCAGGCGCCACUACCGAGAAGGCCCUCUGCCUGGUUCCCUGUAACCUCACUUCUCGCAGCGAGGGAACUGCCAGAAGGCCCUCGGCUCUGGACCUCAGUGUCAACAAUUCACUGGUCCCAGAAGGAAAAACACACACAGUGGAAAUGAUAUUAACUGGACUAAACAGUGCUUUGUGAGUUCUGUUUCGGGUGCCCUUGGAAAGGCUGCAGCCCUUCACUUAAUUUUCCUUGAUGCGAUGAUGGAGGUCUGUGUGUGAGUCAGCCAGGCUUGACAGCUGUCAGUUGCCAACCCGGUGCCCAGAAAUCUCCGUGUAGUUGGGGCUGCAGUUAGACACCCCUACUAGUAGUAAAAUGCGCUUGGCACCUGGGGAAUUUUGAACACUCUGCUAGUGUGCUGGGAGGUGGUGUGUGAAUUCUCAUGUGCUUGGGCAGCACAGAACAGGCAACCUUGGUUUUCUAGCCCCCGGUAAGCCAGAAAAAUCCAAGCAGUGUCUGAAUGGUAGAGAACUGGGGUCUAAGGGCACAGGAGUGGUAUUGCUAGCCAGCAGCAGAUUCUUCUGGGAAGCCAACAAGUCAUUAGAGGAAGGCUCAAUGGCUCCCCUUUUGUUUUAUCCCCAGCACCUGCUACUCGGAGGUAGACUGCCUAUGAAUGUGGAGGCCAUAUUUUGCCACCUUGGCAAACUGCCACCUGUUUAAAAUUGGAUUUCACUAAACCAUUUUAAAUCUUAAGGCUGGCCUCCGUCCACACCCUUAGAUCACCAGUGGAGGUAUUACCGUAUUUUUCGCUCUAUAGGACGCACCCGACCAUAGGACCAUAGCACCCGACCAUAGGAGGGGGAGAACAGGAAAAAAUAAAUUCUCCCCCUCUCUGCUCAGCGCCCCUUCAGUGAAGCGGCAGGAGAAACAGAGCCCCUUCCAUUUCUCCUCCCGCUUCGCUGAAGGGGUGCUGCACAGAGAGUGAAAACUGUUCAGCUCCUCUCCAGCGAAGCAAAGCCUGGAGAGCAAGAGGGAUCGGUGUGCACCAACCCCUCUCGCUCUCCAGGCUUCAGGCGGCGGGAACUCCCGCUGUGCUCCGAAGGCUUGCGGAUAGCUGCCUGAAGCCCCGGGAGCGCAGCGGGAGUUGGCGUUGCGCUCCAGGGCUUCAGGCUGCAGGCGGCUAUCCGCAAGCCUUCGGAGUGCAGCGAGAAGUCCGGCUGCGCUCCGAAGGCUUGUGGAUAGCUGCCUGAAGUCUGGAGAGCGAGAGGGGUCGGUGCGCACCCCUCUGCGCUUCGGAGUGCUCCCUCUGCGCUUCGGAGGCUUCGUGUUGCUUUCGAUGAAGCCAAGGAGCCUGCAUUCGCUCCAUAAGACGCACAAACAUUUCCCCUUAAUUUUUGGAGGGGAAAAAGUGUGUCCUAUAGAUAGAAAAAUACGGUAUGUUCCGUCAUAAGGGAGCUGGACUUCCUCUUUGAGGUCCCCCCCCCCCCGAGGUGACUUAAGUACACUGUCAAGGCAGGUCAUAUUUACAAGGAAACAUCACUAGCUUCCUUCCAUGCUUGCUAACGGCACUCUUCUCUCUUUUGGGUGGGCGGCUCCCUCAUCCAGAGAUGGGCGCGACUGGGGAGAUCACAGCCGCAAACUUGAAGGACACCAAGACCGUUCCUGGCAGGGCAGCGUGGAAGAAGGGAUCAUCGGCCGGGAGCAUGAAAGGUGGCAAGGUAAAAAAAAUCAAAGCAAACUUUGCAGGGCGCUCCCCUCUCUUACCUUCGAAAUGUUUUGUUUCCAAUAAGCACAGUUCAGCGGUGCAUUUCAGAACCAAGGGUGGCACAGUCAGGGGAGCGAAGUGUUCCUUGGUGGGUUUCCCACUUCCUGAGGUUCAGCAUGUUCGAUUCAGGCCUGUAAUUAAAAAAAAAGGUACCAUAUUUUUCGCUAUAUAAGACGCACCAGACCACAAGAUGCACCUAGUUUUUGGAGGAGGAAAACAAGGAAAAAAAUAUUCUGAAUCUCAGAAGCCAGAACAGCAAGAGGGAUCGCUGCGCAGUGAAAGCAGCAAUCCCUCUUGCUGUUCUGGCUUCUGGGAUAGCUGCGCAGUCUGCAUUCGCUCCAUAAGACGCACACACAUUUCCCCUUACUUUUUAGGAGGGAAAAAGUGAGUCUUACUGAGCAAAAGAUACGGUAAUUGUAACAAGCCCCGUUUGUAGGCGUGCCGCUAAUGGCUCUCAAGAGCCUAGGUUUGGAGUUGGGUGGUGACGUGUGUGGAGCAAAAACUUAAACACUUCAGAGUUCCCAAAAAAUAGACCAGAGGCAGUUGUACUUCAAUCCAGCAGAGUUUUACUACUACUACUGAAGGCAAAUGAGCAUAGUGGUCACAAAUCCAAUACAUUCAAGACUGGCACAGUCCGUAAGAAACUCAGUUGCAGCAGACUUAUCUUAAAUUUAACUAAUAGCUUAUAUAAACCUUAACACUAUAUACAGAACAGAACACCAGAACAAAGAGAUAGAGGAAAUGAGAAAGCCAAGCUCCUCCGGCCCUGACUAUUAUAGUCAGCAUGACCUUGACAGAAACGAUAACAGAACCAGUUUCAACCAGCUGUACUCUGCUUCCCAGAAGGAAUAACCCAGACAAGAACUUCCUGCCUGUUUCUUUCACAUAGAAAGAAACCACCUAGAACGCUCUUGAAUUUUUUUUUAAUAAGAUAUUUAUUAAGGUUUUUUUGAAAUAUUACAGUAAAAAUGAAAAAGAAAAGAGAAAAAUACAAAAUAAAAACAGUUAAAAACACACAUAUUUUCAGUUACUUAUUUUCCUUUAGCUUGUUUCCCGGACCUCCUCGUACCUCCCUUUUUUGUAUUCCACUUCAAUUUAUUGGUUCAGCAAAUCCUUACCAUUAGAUUCAACCCAUUUAUAACCCUUUUUUUCAUGUUCUCUUAAAGCAUUACAGCUAGAAACCGCUUAAUUACUAUCCAACAUCCUUCUAUCAUUCAUUAAUUUUGCAAUAUUUCUGUAAAUAGUCUUUAAAUUUCUUCCAAUCUUCUUCCACCGACUCUUCCCCCUGGUCUCGGAUUCUGCCAGUCAUUUCUGCCAAUUCCAUAUAGUCCAUCACCUCAGAACGCUCUUGAAUUAAGCAGAAUAGGAAAGAUCUCUACGCAUCAGCUCAAUACUUUCUGUACUAAGAAAUGCAAACUGACAGGUGGCUGACCCCCUUUCUAAAUGCACAGAAGAGGCCCCAGGUUUAAAGGGCAGACAGCUGGUGAUGAAAGACUCCCUGAGAGAGACCCUGGCCAUCUGCUGGCCAUCAGAGUCCGGCCACACUAGGCUAAACGGACAAAUUAAUCGACAUAGGGCAGCUUCCUACAUUCUCUUGGAGACGAGAGGAGACUGACCACAGGUGCCAUAAGUGGGCUUUAUGAGCCAAACCUUGAACUGUGUGCAGAAGUCAGCCGGAAAGCCAGUGUGCAGAGAGCUUGAAUACCAGAGCAUCAUCCUGGUUAGACUAGGGAAGAUUAGGGUUUGACUCCUUCCUCAGCCAUAAAGCACACUGAGUGAUCUUGGGCCUGUCGCAGUUUCAUAGGGUAACCUAAGCACGAGAACCACGAAUGCUGCCUUGGGGGUAUAAAAUGUAAAGGGACCCCUGACCAUUAGGUCCAGUCGUAGCCGACUCUGGGGUUGCGGCGCUCAUCUCGCUUUACUGGCCGAGGGAGCCGGAUUACAGCUUCCAGGUCAUGUGGCCAGCAGGACUAAGCCGCUUCUGGCGAACCAGAGCAGCGCACGGAAACGCUGUUUACCUUCCCGCCGGAGCGGUACCUAUUUAUCUACUUGCACUUUGUGCUUUCGAACUGCUAGGUUGGCAGGAGCCUUGGGGGUAUAGAAAAGCACAAAUAAAUGUAACAUGGCAACGCAAUCCUAACCAUGCCUACCCAGAAGUAAGUCCUACUGAAUUCAGGGUAAGGGCAAGGGUGGUUGGGACUGCAGGCAUUUGUUAAAAAAAUUAAACAAUACAAUAAUUCCUUAGUGACUUGUUCCCUCCCGCCUCCCUGCCCCAUUCUUUUCAUUUCUUAGCUGGUGAGAGGAGUGCCGCUGCUCAGUCAGGGCCUGGCCAUGUGAUAAACAGAGGAGGAAUGUCGGGGUAAGAGUUACCUGAAAGGGUUUUGCUGCUCCCCGCCCUGCAGAAACCCCGAGAAACUUCUGCCGAGAAAGUUUGAGGGGGCUUGGGAUUGCGGUUGAAAUAUUUUAAGUGACAGCUGUUCUCUUUGAUAGGUAAUAGAUAGGUUUGUGUGCACAUGCAAAAGACUUUGGGGUGGGUGACAAUGACCCAGUGGCCUCUUAGCACGCAUGCUUGGUCAGGAAAAAUGUAUGGAUUAAGAAACUUGGAGGCCAUGAUUUUAAAGACUGCCCUUUAAGCAGUGGAAUGGGGGGUUCUUGGGUUCUUUUUAUUUUUAUUAUGUAGUCUGUGUUUUUUAUAUAUAUUGGAAUUUUAUGUUGUGAACCGACCUGAGAUCUGCGGGUAUUGGGCGGUAUACAAAUUUAAUAAAGAAAUAAAAUUAAUUAAGGAGGGUGCAGGGUGUUACUCUGAGCCCACGAGCAGGAAGUCAACUUUCUGCUUCUUGUCCUCAGGCGUGGAGGGUUCGUUCAGGGUGCCGCGCCAGCUCCCGUGGCACAGGGAGCCAGUCUGCCAAGCAGUUUUGCCAGCCCAGAUAGAACAAGCCGCCCCAGCGACCCUCAAUUCACCCGGCGCUAUUGAGGACUUUUUGCUUCUUCGCCACGACGCGGCAGCUGCAUUGAAUUUUGAUUCCUGGUCAUCGCCUUGAACUUUUGCCAACUGAAAUGAAACCACAGCUCCCUAUCCUAAAGCUUGCGUAUGACGUGAACUCAAGUGUGUGUUGUUGUCUCCCAUCCCCCCCCAACGUGUUCUUAGCGGGACACCACUCAGUUGUUUCGGAGGAAACAUUCCAUUUUCCAUGAACAAUAAAUCUGUAUUGCACUUGUGAAGUCUCUAACUCUGAUUGGCUGAGCUGCCGCCAUAGCUCAGAAGGUUCUGAGAGCUUUGGGAGUUUCUUCCCAGUCCAGCUUCUGUGAGGGCAGGGAAAGUAGUCAGUACGGCUGGGAUUAAAACCUUGCACGGCACGGCAGUGAGGACUCGGGAGAAGUCUGGGAAGAGUGAAGGAGAGCUCAAAGGCAGAAGGAAGCUUGAGAAUUGGAGAAGUGUUGAGGAACGCAGGACCCUGAAGAAACUUUGCAACCAUUAAGAUCAGGAGAAGUUACAUCCCCUGUAGGGACUGGAGGAAACUGGUGGUUGCUAGCCUUGCCAAAUGUCAAGUCUUGGUUGGUGUGGUAUGAUGCCUGUGUGAGGAAGAGAGAACGGGGAAAACGAAUUUGUGAGAAUAUUCUUGGUUUUAACAUAACCUCUUCCCUUUCGGAUACCAGAUGUAACGUGCUAGCUGUGAAAGCUCCAGGCCUCUGAAGCCUUUUCUGUGAGAUGGUUCUAAUUUCAUUUAUAUCUGCUUGUGGAACGGGGGGGGGCUAGACCAGACCACUGUUUGGAUUUAUUUUGCAAGCCUGUGUCCUGCUUGCCCCACCUGUACCCUACUUUGGAAGCUGCUUGCAAUAAGCAAAAUCUAAAAUUCUCUGGGGAGGAAAAAAAAAUGGAGCCAGCAACAACAGAAAUCUUAACCCUCAGGGAAUGUGGAAGAGGUUUAAGCAGUGCUCUAAACAAAAAGUUAUUUGGAUUAUUUGGGUUCCAAACUGCACGGUGUGCCACCCUGAAAUAGGGGAGGCUCCCUGCUUCCGACACCAUUCUACAGGAGGUUGAGGAGCAGUGCUUUGUGGAUUUGUCCCACUCCUUGUUCCAGUGUACAAAAUGGCUUUCUGAGUUCCUUUCCCCUGAGUCUGAUCUAGCUUGGUCAGGGGAACCAACCCCCAGCUUAGUGAAGCCACCACAAGGGCAAGGGUUUUGACAGCACCUCCCCUGGGCAGCUAGCAAUCCAUACCCUCUGUUGCCUUUUCCACUCUUAUCUUGGCUUGUCCUCUCCUCCCACCCCCACCCCAUUUGCAAACCUGCCAGUAGGGAUUCACCUGCUUUAAAAAUUCUCGGUAAGACUCCCCGUCUCCACUAAGCGCUUAAUAAUACACAUAUAAAAGUAGAAUUGUCUGUGCUGUCGGAUUACUUCUUAACUUGGUUACGACUUAACCUGUACGAGAUUAAAAGCAAACCCCCAAAUCCUAAACCUCUUUCUGCUCCAAUUCUCCACGUUAAGCAGAAGCGAAAGGUGGAGCCGCUUGGAAGAAACAGGCGGUCAAAAUGCACAAAAGGCCACUCUUGC